AUGGCUGGCCAAGAUGCCUUUGCGAAGUCGCCUUCGCCACAAUCUCAACACCGUCGCGGUUAUCAGGCCUGCGAUCCAUGUCGCAAACGGAAGGUCAAGUGUGAUUUGGGCAGUGUCGAUAAUCCUCGCCCCCCACCAUGCGUUCGAUGUCGUCGCGAAAGCAAGCGAUGCGAGUUCUCGGCCACUCGACGCAAGCGCAAGCUCUCCGACGCAGCAGAGGAGGAGCCUGUCGAGCCAGCCGUUCUGCGUCGCGACAAGCGCAUGAUGAUUGGCGAGGUCGCACAGAAGGAGAAUUUGGGUGAUGACUCGCCCUUCCCCCCAUCCGAGCAGCCUUCUUUCGAUGCCGAUGGCAUUCCCGCUCAUCAGAAAUGGUCCGAGGCGUCUCCCGCAGCGGCGACAAGCCAGCGGUACACACCCAAUGCGCCGGCUGCGCCAGCACCAUCUUUCUCGGACUCGAGAAAUCUCCGGAUGUCCAUGUACCCACUCGGCGACCGACAUGCACCCUCUAGCUAUGGCCUUGAGGGCGGGCCCAUGAUGAACCGGACUGCCGUGGAAUUGCUGUCGCCUGCUAUUAGCAAUACCCAUGAUGCUCUCCAUUUGCUCUCAGAAGCAGCGGGCAGGACAGAGGACCUCAACCGUCAGAGAUUGGAGAAUCGAUAUGCUGCGCGGCAGUCGGUUUCUUCAUUUAACUCUGGACCCUCGCCUCUGGCACAAGGAAGCUCGCCGCGGAGUUUGGGCGGAUCAUUUGCAAGGACACCACGCCAGGGAGGGGCCAGCUAUUAUCAAGGUACCUCGGGUCCCGUGGAUCCUCAGAUCUCGGAAGGGGGUGGUCAUCGAGAAAGCCCGACGAACACCCAAGAUCCAGGAUAUGUGGAUGCCGUUCGUGCGUGGUCUCGGCUGCGCUUCGUUCGUGCCGGGUGGCUUACGGUUGAAGAGGGCAUGGAUUAUGUGGCAUAUUACUAUGAAAAUCUUGCACCGAUGAGCCCCGUCGUGAUUCCAGAUUUCUCCAACCCUUCGACCCAUCGCACAUUGCUUACGGAUGAGCCAGUGCUGGCAGUGACCGUCCUCACGAUUGCUUCUCGACAUCUGAAGCCCAAGGGUGAUGGAGCCGCCACACGAGCAUUUUACAUCCACGAUCGCCUCUGGUCGUAUCUGCGUGGCAUGAUUGAACGCCUUUUCUGGGGCCAAGAAAAAUUUGAUGCUGGUGGAGGCAUCAGUCGGCCCCGAUCUCUGGACCUGGCUCCGACUUCCGGCAAGGUGAACGUGAAAGGAAAUCUGAGAGCAUUGGGGACGGUCGAAGCCAUGUUGCUUCUAACCGACUGGCAUCCUCGGAACCUUCAUUUCCCUCCGGGUGAUGAUGAAAAUACGUUGUUGGAUAUGGAUGGCCAGACGCAAAAUCGUUCCGACAGGGAUAUAGACACCGAAAGCGAUCCGUCGAAUAAUCGCGGUUCCUCCAGCGCUGCCGAAGGCAGGCUUGCUUUUCAGAAAUGGCUGGAGCCAGCCUGGCGAUCCGACCGGAUGUCAUGGAUGCUGUUGAGCACGGCGCAAGCCCUGGCUUUUGAACUGGGCGUUUUUGAUCACAAGAGCGAGUCCAAAGCAGCCAACGAGUCUCCCGCUGAGCAGACACGGAAACGCCGACUGCGUCGUCUUAUCCUAGUCUUCAUUACACAGAACAGUGGACGUCUAGGAAUUCCCUCCAUGCUUCCCUUGCCACAGUGGGGUCAAGACAUCCAGCCGACUGCCCCUGAUGCCAAAGACAGCGACAUCAAAAUCGACCGGAUGCAGAAUUGUUGGAUUGACAUCUCGAAGAUCAUGUAUCAGAGCAACCAGCUGCUCUUUGCUUCCAAUGAACAGACCUCGGAGCUGAUCCGAAGUGGGAGAUACCGUGAUCAAAUUGACCGCUUUCAGCCUUUCCUACGUGAUUUCAAGCAAAAUAUCGACAACAUAUCCCUGGCUCCGUCUAUGCGAAGCAUUUUAAUGAUUGAAUACGAAUAUACACGCCUAUACGUCAACUCCCUGGCUCUGCAGGCCGUGGUAGAUCGAUGGACCACCAUGUCCAAUGAGUCAGCUCAGACCCAACCCGGACGGCCAGGCUCGGGUCCGUCGUCGGGUAGCAGUGGGUGGUUCGGGACGUUGAUGGACAUCUAUCGCGUCAAUGAGCAAUAUAUCCAAGAAGUUGUGGAUGCUUCGCGGAAGAUUCUACAACUUGUUCUAGACGGUCUUGUCCCCGGAGACCGUCUGAAGCAUGCACCGAUUCGGACAUUCUUCCGAAUCUUGUCGGGCAUGAUCUUCAUUCUAAAGACUUUCACGCUAGGUGCUCGAGAAGACGAUGUGCGUGUUUCUCUCGACCUGCAGGACCGGACGGUCGAGGCGCUCCGUACAUGCGUCGUCGAUGACGUUCAUCUUAGCAAUACCGUUGCGCGAUUGCUAGAGCUUCUCACGAGCAGCAUUCGCACCCGAUUCCUGCGCUUCGCACCUCAUGACCGCGGUGCAGAUGGAGACGGCCAAGACCGCACAUCAGCUCCUGUCUCGCGGGCGCAGUCGCCUCCGCGUGAGAGCUCCACUCAUCGUCGUGAUGGCCCACACACACCUUGGGCAUCUGCCCAGGAUGCGACCCCCAGUGGGAGUGGCCUGGGAUACAUGGAUAGCAACGGCGCGGGCAGUACUCCCAUGGGAACCAGUCACGACCCGCUGGCCAACAUCCCCGCGCAGCCGAUCAACUCAUCCAGUCUCAACGUCUCGUUCAUGCCUCCUCCGCCAUCCGUGUACUACAACUACUACGACCCGAACUCGAAUCAACCCUCGGGAGAUAUCGACCGGCCAUCGCCAAAUCAUGUUGCCUCAUCUCAGUCGAUGGACGGGACCAACACAUCCGGCGGGCUUCCGGACUGGUUCGCCCUACCGCUGGACCAAUUCUUUAACAGCUCGACCGCGGUGGUCGAUCAGGGUCUUGGCGGAACCGGUCCGAUGCUGGGAGAAUUUGAUAUGCUAGAAGUGCUUCUCAACGAGGGGUAUGACGGCAAUGCGAACGGGGAGGACUCGACGGGAAGCGGCACGCUCCCGUCCCAGUUCCUGCAAUCGUGA